UAUUUUUCUCUCCCUUCUUUCUCACCUCUCUCAAAAUCGCCACAGAAAACCCUAAUCUUCAUCUCUCUCCUCCUCCACUACAGUUUUCUUCUCCUCUCUCUCCUCCAGUAGCAUCAGACUCGCGCUCAACCACUCUCCGGGAUUAAAUUCCUCUCCUGCAAAACCUGCAACAGAGCAGCCACGUCCGCCACCUCCCCCGGAUUGCCUCGCGGAAUCUGAAAUCCGUGCCGUAUGGCAUGAAUCUGAAGCUUCAGCCUGGCGAUCUUGCCAAGGAGGGACUCCCUCUCGCGGGCCUGUUGAAGAAGGUGGCAUCGGAUUUCCCCGACUGGAGAGCCGUCUCCGCCUGCGGUGAGUUCGACCUGACGUACCCGCUGCUACAGGAGCUCGUUGACCAAGCCGCAGCGCUCGUCGCUGCCUAUGGCAUCAGCGCCGGCGACGUCGUCGUACUCGCUUUCCCCAACACCGUCGAGUUUGUGAUCCUGUUUCCGGCUGUAAUCCGUUGCCGAGUCACUGCAGCUCCGCUCAACCCCAACUACACAACUAAGGAGUUCAAGUUCUACCUUUCCGACUCGGAACCGAAGCUUCUAUUGACACCGCAAGAAGGAAACCGAUGGGCUCAAUCCGCUGCUUCCAAGCUUAACAUCCACCACCCAACUGCCAAGCUUCACUCUACCGAUUCCAAAAUCACUCUCUUCGACCGAUGUAGAGCCGAGCCUUGGCUCAAUGUCCAAAGUUGUCAAUGAUCCCUCGGAUGUAGCUCUGUUCAGGCACACCUCCGACGCUACGGGUCGCCCCAAUUGCAUGCUGCUAACUCAACGCAAUUUGGCAUCAUUGAUUCAGAACAUCAAGUGUGUGUACAAACUAACAAAGUUAGACUACCCUGAUUGUGCUUCCCUUGUUCCAUGUGCACAGCUCAGUUGUUGGAUUAUUGAGCUCUUUAUCUACUAGAGCCGCCA